AUGACACCUGUCAAAAAGCUUAUACCACACCGUUACCAGACGUGCCAAAGGCGUAAGACGGAAGACGGCCUCGAUCAACGAUGUGGCGACAAUGUAACUAUGGAUUCAGUGGAGACGUUCAGAGUCGACAGGUUUGGAUUUCACCACAACGAUUCGGUAUACUCUCUACAAAAAGUGUGUUUUUUAUUUUUCCUCUACCCGCCUUCGGCGACAACAGGCGUCGGUCUCAACGCUGCUUGGGCGACAAGAGGUGUCGGUGGCCGCUUCCACCACUUGCGAGUGACUAUGCGAACAACGGUCUCCAAUACGUUUUGGCUAUAA